UUUGGGUAUCAGUUGAAUUACUUCGGAGUAAUAAAUCACUCAUUAAACCUAAAAAAAAUGGCAUUCAAGUUCGUAGUUCUCGCUGCCUUCGUGGCUGUUGCCCACGCUGGACUUAUUCCACAAGCUCCUUUGGCUUAUGCUGCUCAACCAGCUUAUGCUGUUCAACCAGCUUAUGCUAAAGUAGCUGCAGCACCAGUUUUAGCCAAAACUGUAGUCGCUGAAGAAUAUGAUCCACAUCCACAAUACAACUUCGCAUACUCAAUCCAAGAUGGUUUAACUGGUGACAGCAAAAGCCAACAUGAAGUACGUGAUGGUGAUGUAGUACAAGGUAGCUACUCCCUUGUUGAUCCAGAUGGUGUCAAACGUACUGUUGAAUAUACCGCUGAUCCACACAAUGGUUUCAAUGCUGUUGUACACCGUGAACCACUUGCCAAAGUAGCCGCUGUUGCUAAAGUAGCUGCUCCAUUAGCAUACGCUCAACCAGCUUAUGCUAAAGUUGCUGCUGCCCCAUUAGCUUACGCUCAACCAGCUUAUGCUCAAUACCACCAUUAAGUUUAGUUAAUUUAUUUUAGUUGUAUUUAUUUAUUUGCAAUAAA